AGUUGGUUGAAAGUUGAAACUCAAGUACUCAGGCCUCAGGGGUCGCUUAUAUCAAGUGCUUAUUUACGUCACCUGUACCGCUUCUUCAACGUUACGACCAUCUCCACUGCAUUUUUUUAUUAACUAGCUUUUAUUAUGUUGCCAUCUCUCGCAAACAGAUCUAUUCAUAAAGUCGCGCUCUCUGGAGCGCGCAGAACGAUAUCCGUCCAGAGUCUCCUCCACGGAUCACCAGAAGCGAAGAAAGCAGGAGAUAUCGAGAUUCAACAGCACUCAAGGAUAGUUGCUAGGGGAAAAUAUGUUCACGGCUUCGAGGUUCAUCGAGUUCAGCCAGGGGCGCUUGACGAGUACAAAGCCGCAGCGGAGAAGUACUACGCUGGAAUAAAGGAUGAUCCACAGUUACACGUCAAGCUGACCGGAAGUUGGGAAACUGUAGUGGGACAGCAGGACACUUUUGUUCAUAUACUCGAAUACGAGAAUUACGCCGGCUUUGACAAGACCACUGCACUUAUAAGAACGUCAGAUCACGCCAAAGCGUACAAGGCACUCCUACCUUACGUCACCUCACGGUCAUCUCAGCUCACGCAAGAGUUUGCCUUCUUUCCCACUGCACCACCCCACGCCCAAGGCGGCAUCUUCGAGCUUCGGAGCUACCAGUUAAAACCAGGAACACUACUUGAGUGGGAAAAUGCAUGGCGGAGAGGCAUUGAAGCUCGUCGCAAGUUCGUCGCACCCAUCGGAGCUUGGUUCUCACAGGUUGGAAGAUUACACCAGGUGAACCACAUGUGGCAAUACCCGAGUCUCGAGGCAAGGAAAGAGUUACGUGAGAAAGCAUGGCAGAUUGACGGUUGGGCGGAGACUGUGUCUAAAACUUCCCAGCUUGCGACGCACAUGGAUUCAUUCAUUCUGCUCCCGCUCUCUUACAGCCCUUUGAAAUGAGGAGGCACAUAGCCCUGCGAGUGAUGUUCCAGGAUGUUCUGCUCUGUCUACUGCGAGCAUGCUCCUCAACGAAUCCGAACGAAGCCUAGGGCGAGCCCCAGGCUCCUGAUAUCUUAUCUUGCGUCGGCCAUGUUCUAUUCAUAUAUUCCACCAUGCUAAGGACUAAACGCCAUUCCAACUGUAUUACCCUCAAUACCUCUUCAUUCAUUCCGCGUAGUUGGUUUAUGCAUCCACUGUCGCUUUGAAAUGGAGAGCACAAUGCUUUUUUAUUCGCAAUGAGACUUUUCAGCCAUUAAUGACAUGAGCCAUCAUUCUUGAUCAAGAAAGUCUAAGACCCAU